AUGCCCGAAGAAAUCGACGUUCUUAUCUGCGGUAGCGGGUCAGCGGGCCUCUGCGCAGCGGUCUGGCUAGCUCGUUGCGGGGUCAAAUUCAAGAUCCUCGAGCGCCGGGAGGGUCCGCUCCAGCAAGGCCAAGCCGACGGCGUGCAGUGCCGGACAGUAGAGAUUAUGGAGAGUCUGGGGUUGUCGGAGGAUUUAUUGAAAGAAGCCUAUCAUGUCCUGGAGCUCGCAUUUUGGACUCCGGACGGCAACGGCGGGAUCCGGAGAUCACACCUGGAGCCGGACACGGAGCCGGGGCUGAGUUGGCUGCCCCAUGUUAUCCUGAAUCAGGCCCGGAUCAACGAAUUCAUGAUCAAAGACAUCGAACGCGUAUCUGGGCAGUCUCACAUCCAGUAUGGCAGCGACGUCCAGAGUGUCGAGGUAGACAGCCAGUUAGCCAAGGAUCGAAAGGCUCAUUGCGUCACGGUCAAGGCGGUAGAAAACGGAGUUGAGCGCACGUAUCGAGCGAAAUAUGCCCUGGGUUGCGACGGUGCCCACAGCUCCGUUAGAAAAUCACUGGGGUUCAAGAUGGUAGGGGACAGCACCGACGCUGUCUGGGCUGUGAUGGACGUCUUUGCCAAAACAGACUUUCCCGACAUCCGCAAGAAGUGCGUGCUGCAGUCUCCAGCAGGCAACCUCGUCAUCAUACCGCGAGAAGGAGAUGAGAAGGUCCGAUUCUACAUGGAGAUGCCUGGCUGGGCGGCUAGUGACGUCAAGCCUGACAAGGUGAAGCAUCGCGUCGACCAGAUAUUCAGUCCCUACACGGUGGAUAUUGUAGAGACUUCGUGGUUCUCCGCGUAUGCCAUCGGCCAACGCCUUGCAGACAACUUCACCAAAGAUCACCGUGUGUUCCUGACUGGAGACGCAUGUCACACUCAUUCGCCAAAAGCCGGCCAGGGUAUGAACGCUACCUCAGAACUGGCUGCUGCUCUGGAACGUUUGGUUCUUGAACGUUUUCACUCAGUGUUGUUGCUCAAGUCUGACCGGAAAAAGCUGGAUGAGAGGAAGAUUCCCAGCUUCUUCAUGCCAAACACAGGACAUGGAGGAGUGCGACGUCUCCAAGAUGUGUUCGUUGAUGACCAGAGUUAUCAUGCUGGUCAUGGCGAAGCUUACGCCAAAUACGGCGUCGAUGCUGCAGUUGGGACUAUGGUCCUCGUCCGUCCAGACCAAUGUCUCUACCCCUCAUUCAUCAGCUGA